AUGCUGCAGACUCUGAUCUGGUGCAUGAACUGCAAAAAGGAGGUUCACGCUUGCCGAAAGUCCUACGAUUGCGGGGAGCGCAACGUGGAGGUUCCGCAUAUGGAAGACAUGAUCCUGGACUGUGAGUUAAACUGGCAUAAGGCUUCCGAGGGCCUCACUGAUUACAGCUUUUACAGGGUUUGGGGGAACAAUACUGAGACCUUGGUGUCCAAGGGGAAAGAGCCCACCCUGACCAAGCCCGUGGUGGGUCCAGAGGAUGCAGGCGACUACCGCUGUGAGCUGGGCACCGUGAAUUCCAGCCCAGCCACGAUCAUCCUUUUUCACGUCACAGUGUUGCCCAAAAGGGCCGAGGAGGAAAACCCGUCUCCAAACAUCGUAACCCUGGGGGAGGCCAGCCCUACGCAGAUCUCCGAGAUGACCUCGGAGUCGUCCAUAACCCUCCAGCCUCCGAAGCCAGACAGCAUGCUGAGAGGCCGCCUUCUGGGGCUGCUGAUCUGGGGCUCCGUAGCACUGAUAAUUGGCCUUACCUUUGCGAUAUUUCGUCGAAGGAAGGUGAUCGAUUUCAUCAAGUCCUCACUCUUCGGCCUUGGCAGUGGAGCCGACGAGGAACCCUAG